GGCCUUUGCUAAGGGCCCGACAAUGCAGUGUGCAACCCUGGUUAUGGGGCAACUCACCAAAGUCACGCACACCACCACAAACGCAACAUAACGCGUCGUUCGACGUCGGUGUUUGUGUCUACGUCACGUCGGCUUAAAUGAUGUUCUAAUUACCCAGCGGCAACUGCGAAGGCAACUCAAUCGAAGCACAGAAUGCUCCCUCAAUUGCAUAACAGCACUUGCGCAUGAGUGUGUGUGUGUGAGGAAACGCCAGAGAACCGAAACACACCACACCGAGCAGCGGCGUAGGGAAAGAGACGACAGCAGCGGCUGAAUUGCAGUACAAACAGGGUUUAUCGCUGAAACAAAAACAAGCCAUGUCCGGCUGCUGACUUUUGAAAGCGACUUACUAUCGCUUCAUUACCGACAAACAGUAUUCGCCCGAUCAAACGCCACAUAACCCCAAAAGUUACCACGGCACCUUGGAAGUGGGUGGGAGUCGCCGCUAAGCAGAAACUGCAGCCCUGGGAAAUGGACGUUUUGGUGCAGUGUUGACCUGGCCACACUGACCAGCCCCCGAUUUAGUUGCUGUUUUUUUACAUAACUCGCCACAUUCGUUCGCCUCGGAAUCCGUGAUAUAUAUAUAUAUGAUAAUACGAUAUAUAUUAUGGCCGUUUUCCUGAUCAACGUCUGCAAGUACAAUGGCUGCGGCAUCACGUUUCCGAGCUUGAGCGAUCUGAUUUCCCACAUCGAGGACACCCACAUAGACUAUGACCCAAAGGUGGUCGAACAGAAGGAGCAGGCCCAGCCUGCCUGCCUGCCCUUAAGUUACAUCCUGCGCUUCAUCACGGAGGAGAACCGCAAGGAGGCGGGCUCGUUCCUGGCCAGCAACACAACAGGCCCACCGACCACCAACAGCGGAUCCAAUGCCGCUGGCCAUGGGAAUGGCAAUGUGGAGCUCAAGCGAAAGCUGGCCAUUAAGCACCACAGCUACAGUAUGUCCUCGUCCAACCGCAGCACCACGCCCACAGGCAGCGAAAUGGACGAGGACGAAAUGGUGGUCACGGAGUCGGAGGAUAGCAACGACUCCUGGACCACCGAGGAGUUUAGCUCCGAGUUUAUCAUGCGCUACGGCAGCAGGCAUUCCGGUGGUGGAAACAAUGGCACGCCCGGCAAUGAGAAACCCUUCGCCUGCCCUGUUCCAGGAUGCAAAAAGCGUUACAAGAAUGUCAACGGCAUCAAGUACCAUUCGAAGAACGGUCACAAAAAGGAUGGAAGAGUUCGCAAGGGCUACAAGUGUCACUGCGGCAAGAGUUACAAAACGGCCCAGGGCCUGAAGAACCACGCUCUGCACACCCACAACUCGCAGCCGGAUAGUGUGCUGAAUGCCCAGCUGGCCAAUGCGUUGGCCAUUGGCGAUGGGGCCAGUGCGGCCACGAACGUGGGCAGCAGCAACAGCUCCUCCAAUCCAAACCCACCGCCCAUCAUUCAGCGCAGCAACUCGCCGUCUCAGUCGCUGGGCUCGUUGAGUCCGUCGAGCAUCAGCAACAUGUCGAGCAGCGCCAGCAGUUGUCAUGGCAGUCUGUCCAACGGAAAUAAUGGCAACAAUGGGAGCACUACUAGCAACACUGCCAUUCUCACUAGCAACGGGAAUGUCCUGCAGCAGCUCAGUGCCGGGAAUGUGGUCACCCUGACCAAUCUUCCCACGCAACAACAUCAGCAGCAACAGCCGCAGCCGCAACAACAGCAGCAGCAACUCCAUCAAAACACUGCAACAGAAACCUCUUACUCCUGCUCAAACAACAGCAACCUCAGCAAUCCCAACAGCAACCACGGCAGCAGCGAUUCCAGCAAGCCGCCGACGGCUGUCCUGUCCGUUAGCAAGAGGUCCACAGCAAUCGCUCCAGCAAAACUGCCGACCACCGGGAGCUCCCUGCACAUGCAGAUCUCGCCCAACUUCAUUGAGCACAAGUAUUCCGCGCUGGCCAUGAAGGAGAAGUUCUUCCUGAAUCUGAGGGCCGGCAAAACGGUGUCCAGUUCACAGGCAGGCGAUGGAGUGAGCUCAACCAUGGGACACCAAUCGGAUGUUGGCAUUUCCGGCGGAUCAGGAGCAGGCGGUGGUUUGCGGGCGGUUGCUGUGGGCCAAAUGUGCGCGCUGCAGAACGAGCACAUUCACCAAAAUCUCUUCAAGAAAACGAUCAACUGAUCAGCAGAUCGGAUGAAGUAUGCGCGACCAGAGGCGGAACCGCUGGGCGCCGCUGAAAGGCAAGAGAGUUGGCUGUGAUGAAGUAGUAACUAACUGUCUAACAAACCUGACAAGAGGCGGAGAAAGAGGAUUCGUCAAUAAGGCAGAGAUGAGAAAAGGAUGCAGAAGCUGCAGCAAUUAAUCAAGGAGGGUUAAGUGAGGGAGUCGGGCGCUGCCCAAUGGUCCUUAGAGAAGUUUUCCUAGACUAGGCAACAAGAAGCAAGAAUUUCCAUUGGCUUCCAAAAUACAAACAAAAAACAAAAUGCAAAAAACAAAACAGAAACAAAUUCCAAGCAUUUCGCAACUAUGAAAAAAUCACCCACUAGCACACACAAAAAAUCAUUAAAACUAAUCUCAACCAUGUUAAGCAGCCUGCUUAGAAAAGCUUCUCUAAAACAGCUUUAGAUAAUUUUAAAUUUAAUGAAAAAAGAAAAACAAAACAAAGCAAAAAUUUAAAAAAAAAAAUUAAUUAUACAAACGACAACAUUUUAGUAAAUACAUUUGGAGAGUUUUCUUCAACUAGUCAUUAUUGUAGUUAAAUUAAAUUUUUGAUUUUUAUACGCAUAAACACAUAACUUUCUAACCUACUGGUUGGUGGAAUUCCCGAACCCUAUAUUUAGAACUUAAGAAACCUCUUUCCCGUGUACAAUUUCAAUGAAAUCUUAGUAAAGGGUCUCUCCCCAAUCAGUUGUUUACGUCAUUUUAAUUGAAAACCAUAAAUUGUCUAAAAGAAAUCCACAGAAGCAAAAUAGUGCACGGAAAUCGUUUUCGUGAGACCAUCUGAAUUAGGAAAAUUAUAGGUCGCGAGCUUGCCAAGGCAACUUUGAGCGAGUGAAAUGAAAGGCGGAAAUGAAAUGCAAAAUUUAUAAAUGUCGAAUAUUUCAAACAUAAAUAGUUAGCUACAAAUUUAGGGGAAACUGGGAGGCGUUUCCACUUAGGAGCCACAAUAACUCUACAGUAGUUAUAGUAUUAUAAUUAUAGAUUACGCUAUUAUUUAUAGAAACAGAGCAUACAUCUGUAGCUGUGUGAGUGUGUGUCCGUGCAUGUAUUGUAAUUGUUUAUUUAUAGUGUUCGAACGUCCCUAAGUGUAAAGUCCCCAAACAAAUACAAAAUAUACUAUAUGAAUACAAAA